UGUCCUCUAUAAAAACACAAAGUAGAAAGCCACAGAAACACGUUGUUACUUGCCCCUCCAUCAAGCUAAGCACUUCAGAAAAUCCGAACCCUCUCAAUCUCUCGAUCUUUUCAAGACUCGAAGCUUCUCAGCCAUGAUUACAGUGAGUGUAAAAUGGCAAAAAGAGUUAUUUCAAGCUGUGGAAAUUGAUACUAGCCAGCCUGCCUAUGUCUUCAAGUGCCAGUUGUAUGAUCUAACUGGGGUUCCUCCUGAAAGGCAGAAGAUUAUGGUUAAGGGUGGUUUACUGAAGGAUGAUGCAGAUUGGUCGACAUUAGGAGUAAAACAGGGCCAAAAAUUAAUGAUGAUGGGAACUGCAGAUGAGAUCAUUAAAGCUCCAGAGAAGGGCCCUGUUUUUAUGGAAGAUCUUCCAGAGGAAGAGCAAGUGGUUGCUUUGGGUCACAGUGCUGGUCUAUUUAAUUUGGGAAACACCUGUUACAUGAACUCCACAGUACAAUGUCUGCAUUCUGUUCCAGAGUUGAAGUCAGCUUUGAUCCAGUAUUCACAUUCUGGAAGAAGCAACGAUGUGGAUCAGACUUCUCAUAUGUUGACAAUAGCGACACGUGAUUUAUUUAAUGAGCUUGAUAAAAGUGUCAAGCCUGUGGCUCCAAUGCAAUUUUGGAUGGUUUUGCGUAAAAAAUAUCCUCAAUUUGGCCAGCUGCAUAAUGGUGUCUUCAUGCAACAGGAUGCUGAAGAAUGUUGGACUCAACUUUUAUAUACACUCUCUCAAUCUCUUAGUUCAACUGGUUCUAGUGAAAAUCCUGACGCCAUGAAGGCUCUCUUUGGCAUCGAGCUUGUUAGCAGGGUGCAUUGUCAAGAAAGUGGUGAAGAAAGCUCAGAGACAGAAUCGGUUUAUUCACUUAAAUGCCACAUAUCACAAGAGGUGAACCAUUUGCACGAAGGACUAAAGCAUGCUUUAAAAUCAGAAUUGGAAAAGGCUUCCCCUUCCUUGGGGCGUAGUGCAAUUUACUUGAAAGAGUCUCAUAUCAAUGGCCUGCCAAGGUACCUGACUGUUCAGUUUGUGCGUUUUUUCUGGAAGAGGGAGUCAAAUCAGAAGGCCAAAAUUUUGCGGAAAGUGGAUUAUCCUUUGGAGUUGGAUAUUUAUGAUCUGUGUUCGGAUGAUCUCCGCAAAAAAUUGGAAGCUCCUCGCAAGAUCCUAAGGGACGAGGAAGGUAAAAAGCUUGGUUUGAAAGCUAGCGAAAAGAGCUCUGGUUCUAAAGACAAUGAUGUCAAGAUGUCUGAUGCAGAGGGAUCAUCAAAUAGAAGUGGUGAACCAUCUAUAGCUACGUCUGAAGAAGGUGUUCCAUCCGAUAGCGGAACACAAAUGACUGGAAUUUAUGAUUUGGUUGCUGUGCUGACCCACAAGGGUAGGAGUGCUGAUUCAGGACAUUAUGUUGCUUGGGUCAAGCAAGAAAGUGGGAAAUGGAUUGAGUUUGAUGAUGACAGUCCAAUCGCACAGCGGGAGGAAGACAUCACAAAACUGUCUGGAGGAGGUGAUUGGCAUAUGGCUUAUAUAUGCAUGUACAAGGCCCGCGUUCUCCCUAAGUAAUCUUUCUCUGUCUUUUAGCCUCAUUGAUGAGGUACCUUUUAAUUUAAAUUUCAGAGGGAUUAUUUUAUUAGAUCAAGGAUUGUGAAAUGAAUAGGAAUUACAGAUUUGUCUGUGUUGUAUCAUUGGUGUUGGUUAAAAAAUGUGUGUUACCGACCUUCAAUGUGAGGGUGUGAUUUAAAUUAUUAUUUUUUUUAUAAUUGAAUUUUAAGACCAAAGAAAAAAAGUUUCAAGUUA